AUGGCAUCUUACAUAUUUUCAAAAUUACCAUCCCCUAAUAAACCCGUCACACCUAAUAAACCUAGAAUAGAAAUCGAAAAAGAAGAUGAUGUUAAAACCCCCCCAAUAAUAGUAGAUGUUUACGAUAGUGAUAAUGAUGAUGAUGUUUUUGAGGAGGUUGGUGAUGAUGUUGAGGAGGUUGGUGAUGAUGUUGUUGAGGAAGUUGGUGAUGAAUUUGUUGAUGAUUUUUGUGAUAAUCCGAAAAAUGAUUUGAAUGAAGUUUGUCCUUGUGUUGGUCGAUUGUUUGAUAGUUUAGAUGAAGCGGAGAUGUUCUAUAGAGAUUAUGGUAGACGUGUUGGUUUUGAAGUGAUAAUUAGAACCACACAUAGGCGUGUGAAAACUAGAGACAUUUGGAAAAUUUUGAAGAAAUGGGAAGUGACAUUAGUCGAUUUGAAACACAAUCACAAGAUGAUUUCAAAAGAUGAAGUGCAUUUUAUGCAAAGGCCAAGGAAUAUAACUCCCGUUAUUCGGCAAUUAAUUGUGACAUUGAAUAGAUCGAGUAUUGGGCUUUCAAAAACAUUAAAUGUGUUAAGGGAGUUAACGGGUGGGUUGGAGAAUAUUAGAUUUGGUAGUCAAGAUGUUCGGAAUGUAUUGCGUAAUAUUCGACAUUAUGUGUUCGAUUCGACUGAUGCUUCAGAGGGUUUGGCAUUACUUCGAGAAUUGAAAGGUAAUAGUCAAUGUGAAUUUUUCUAUAAAGUUGACGUGGAUGAGGAAAAUCGUGUGCGGGUCAUGUUGUGGGUUGAUCCGAGAUCACUCAAUGCCUACCAAAAUUUCGGAGAUGUUGUUGUUUUUUACUCCACCUAUCGUACUAAUAGGUAUUGCAUGCCGUUUGUGCCAUUUACGGGGAAUUGGUUGGAGGCUAUCGGGAACAAAGCUCCACAAACGAUCAUCACCGAUCAAGACAUUGCUAUUGGAAACGCAAUUGCCGAAGUUUUGCCGAACACAAAUCAUUUAUUUUAUAGGUGGGAGGCAUUAGUUGAAAAAUAUGAUUUGAUGAACCAUUCUUGGUUACAAAAUAUGUACUCCAUUCGACACAAGUGGGUCCAUGUUUACACUAAACUUCACUUCACAACCGGGAUGACCACUACCUCUAGAAGUGAGUCAAUGAAUUCUUUCUUCGAUGAAUUUGUCAAUGCUAGUACCGGUUUGAAAGAGUUCAUAGAGAAUUCACAAAAAGCAUUGGAGAAACAAUAUUUACGUGAAAGAGAGGCUGAUUAUGAAACAAAGAAUAAGGAAAGAUCCAAAAUAAAAUCAUCAUCAUUGGAGAAUCAUGCGGAAUUUACUUACACGAAAGAAAUGUUCAGACAUUUUCAACACGAACUCAAAGAAAGUGGAGCUUAUGUUGUGAUUGAGAAAGAGAGCAAUGCAAUUUACAAGCAUUACGAAGCAUAUAAAACAACGAUCCAAGAGGAGUAUAGAAAAUAUUAUGUUUUGAUCGUCACCGAGAAUGCAUGGUGGGAUAUUUGA